CUUCGACCUUCUUCCUCUCUUGUCUUUCUUUCCACCUACGACGCGUAGCUCUAGGUUUAAUGAAUCCUCUUCCUCUUGCACCUUCUUCAGAGUUAGCCGUGACAACGUUGGUCGCUAAGCAAAACUUCUCGGCAAAUAAGGGGGCAAGACCCACUUUCAAGAUUUUGAAUCUGCACAGGUAUUAUAUUACUGAUUUCCCAAAGAAUGAAUCUACAUAUGUAGAUUUCACUCUCCGUGGCAGAAUAAGUCCCGAAAAGCAGACGGCCCUCCGCUGCAUUACCGCAGGCAGUGAUUGGGUCGAAGAGCAGAAUUUUCCCCUCGUCCAUCAAAUUAUCUUUGGCAUCUUCCAAAGCUCUAGAGAUUGAACUUAUGGAAAACCCACACGCAGUCUACCAAAAAGAAGUCCAAGGUCGGACAGUGCUGAAUUGGGCAGCAGCUGGAGGCGAAGAAGAACAUAUCCGGCUUGUACUCUCUUACGGCGCGGAUCUGGAUUCGAUGGAUAUCACUGCACCAAGAGGCAGAUAGCUGCAGUGCUGAAUGUAUGCGCCUCGUGCUAGAAGCCGAUGGCAAUCC